AUGGGCGACACACUGCGCUCGCGUUCCGCGUCGCUUAGUUCGGUUGGCUCAGCUGCUCUUCCCACGUUUGAAGGUAUCGUCUCCCAGCGCCCACCAACGACCAAGGUCGAUGACGAAACGGCCAUCGCCGUCCUCGGAACAAACGGGGUACGACUCAAGGUCGACGCUGGGCCUGGGUGCGGCGGAAUAGCAUGGCCUUCUGGCGAGGUCCUGACGGCGUACCUCGCGCACAGGCAGGCUAGUGCGCCCGAGCACCUCCGUGGCAAAAAGGUGCUCGAGCUCGGUAGUGGAACUGGGCUCGUCGGUAUCGCCGCUGCUCUCCUCGAGCAGAGCGCCGAGGUGUGGGUUACCGACCAGGCGGUGCUCCUGGACCUCAUGCUGGUCAAUGCGGCGCUUAAUGUCAAGGGCGGUAACCUGCAUGUCGCCGAGCUCAACUGGGGUGAGGAGAUCAAGACUGUCCCGACCGACGUGGAUGUCAUCCUCGCCGCCGACUGCGUCUACUUUGAGCCGGCCUUUCCCCUGCUAGUCAAGACGCUAUGCGACCUCGCGCCUUUUGGCAAGGAGAUUGAGAUUCUCUUCUGCUGGAAGAAGCGCAGAAAGGCCGACAAGCGCUUCUUCAUGAUGCUCAAGAAGCACUUUGACUCGGAGCCGGUUCUCGACGACCCAGAGCGCGAGAGGUAUAACCGCGAGGGCGUGAGGCUCCUGCGUCUCCGCCGACGUCGAUAG